AUGUCGUCAAGUAACCGGAACUACGACUUCUUGAUCAAGCUACUGCUGAUUGGAGAUUCGGGCGUAGGCAAGUCAUGCUGUCUACUGCGCUUCAGUGAGGACUCGUUUACCCCGUCCUUCAUCACCACCAUUGGCAUCGACUUCAAGAUCCGGACGAUCGAGCUCGAUGGAAAGCGCGUGAAGCUACAAAUCUGGGACACGGCUGGCCAGGAGCGGUUCCGGACCAUCACGACGGCGUACUACAGGGGGGCAAUGGGAAUUCUACUGGUUUAUGACGUGACCGACGAGAGGUCGUUCAACAACAUUCGAACGUGGUUCGCCAACGUCGAGCAGCACGCGACAGAAGGCGUCAACAAGAUACUGAUCGGCAACAAGUGCGACUGGGAAGAGAAGCGGGUCGUCUCGACGGAGCGCGGGCAGCAGCUGGCCGACGAGCUGGGCAUACCUUUCCUUGAGGUGUCGGCCAAGACAAACACCAAUAUCGACAAGGCCUUCUACAGCCUCGCAGCCGACAUCAAGAAGCGCAUCAUCGACACGUCCAAGCCCGAACAGAGCGGCACGGGGGCUGCCGGCGUCAACGUCGGCGACAAGGCCGGCGAGGGCGCUGCUGGGAAGUGUUGCUAA